GACGCCGCGCCGCGUGACGCGCUGUACGCAUCGAUCCUGCGAUGCUCGCUAUCGCUAGUUACUCUCGCUGAUUCGUGAUGAUGGUCCGACGCAGCGGCAGGUACACCACCUGGCGUGGAUUUAAAGAUUUCGCGCUUGGAAAACCACCGGACGAAGAAAAAGAAAAGCCAAAACCAGAGAAUGACCUAUCGAACCAUGACGACAUAUUCUUGAAAAGUAUCGUUGAAAGUCCGGAUUUUGGGCGAAAAAGUGAGCCCAUCGAAUCAGAGGAGGACCUGAUCGUAAAACCCGUAUCGUUGGAUAACGUAAACAUAAUACGGUCGCUGAGCGAGUAUCGUGGCAACAACAUCAGAACUAUUGAGCAAGCGGAACUCGCUAUAUUGCUAUCCAGAAUACAUUUUAAGGCUUUAAUAGAUGCUCAUGAUGCAAUAGGUGCCUUGUGGCUUCAAAGAGGAUCUGGCAUUCAAGAGCCACCUGCUAAACAGGAGAAAGACACUGCUGAAGGUGUGGAAACUAGCCCGGAAGAAAACGGAGACAUGCCUGUGGAGACUGUCAAAGUUGUAGGCCUUAGGAAAGUGCCUGGACAACCUUUAGGGUUAACGGUCACAACAGAUGAGCAUGGCCAACUCAUAGUAGCUAGAAUAUUAGCCGGCAGUGCCGCAGCCAAGCAAGCCUUACUCUCCAUAGGAGACGUCCUGCUAGAAGUAGACGGAGUACAAGUAGAUACUGAAGAGCAGCUCAAAGAGGCAGUGUCCAAGCCUAACGAUAGAGUCACCUUAAAAGUGGGGCCUAACCUUAAGGAGAAAAGUUCCCAGUUAACGAAUAAGCUUAGUUGCUACAUGAGAGCUCUCUUUGACUAUAAUCCGAAGGAGGACACGCUAUUACCAUGUAAAGAAAUUGGAUUGGAAUUCAAAAAGGGUGAUAUUUUACAAGUGUCAGACAGAAAAGACCCCAACUGGUGGCAAGCGAGUCAUGUAGAAAACCCUGACGUAGUAGGUCUAAUACCCUCUCCGGAAUUAGAGGAAAGAAGAAAAGCGUACGUGCCGCCUGAAGCAGACUUCGUUCAUAAAAUUAGCAUAUGUGGAGCUAGGAUAUCUAAAAAGAAGAAAAAAUUCGUAUACGAGUCCCGCUCGAGCGUACAGCUGGAAGGCGCGGAAUUAGCGCUGUAUGAAGAAGUAGCGCGGACUCCGCCGUUCCUACGGCGGGUGUUGGCGCUAGUGGGCACGCGCGGCGUGGGCCGGCGCACGCUCAAGAACCGCAUGAUCCACGAACAUCCUGACCGCUUCGGCGCCGUUGUACCACAUACUUCCCGCCCUCCCCGACCGCUAGAAGAGAACGGCACGUCAUACUGGUUCGUGUCGCGCGAGGAGAUGGAGCGAGACGCGCAUGCGGGCCGCUUCCUCGAGUAUGGAGAGCAUAAUGGGCAUCUUUACGGGACCCAUUUGGAUUCCAUCCGGGCCGUCAUCAAAGAGGGCAAGAUGUGCAUCCUGGACUGCGCGCCGGCGUCGCUGAAGCUGCUCCACAACAGCAGCGAGUUCCUGCCGUACGUGGUGCUGGUGGCCGCGCCCGGCAUCGAGCAGCUUAGGAACCUCACCUUCGCCUCCAAUCGCAACCUGACGUUCGACCGGCAGAGCUCCAUUCGCUUUAGCUCGCGUCGCGCGCGCACGCUAGAGUCCCUCGCUUCGCUAUACGAGGAAGAAGACAUGAAGCAAACGUUAGAAGAGAGCGCCCGGAUACAGCGUCAGAACGAGAAGUACAUCGACCUGGUGAUAACCAAUCACAACAACGACACCACGUACUCGCGCAUCAUGGACGCGCUGCACACGCUCUCCACCGACCACCAGUGGGUGCCCGUCAGCUGGAUAUACUAACAACACACUUGACGAUCGAACACGAAGUCUACGUUACACCUGACUGUUCAGCAAACGUUAGAAGAGAGCGGAUACAGCGCCAGAACGAGAAGUACAUAGACCAGGUCAUCACCAAUCAUAAAAACACCAGGUACUCGCUCUCUACCGACCACCAGGGGCCUGUUAGCUGGAUAUACUAACAAGGGUGACACUUCGCUAUGUUCCGCAAAAGAUAUGUUUACAUUUUUCGCCUUAUUACAAAGAAAGGCGCAAAAUGUAAACAUUUGAAGUCGCCUGUUAGAAGAACUUGGUGUUUAUGUCAAUAGUGCCAAUGAUUCAUUGAUUGUAUAAAGUCUAAGACAAAUUCGUACUACGUAUCACGGCGCUUGUCUAUUUCGUCGGCCGCGCGGCCGAUUUGACAAUUCUGUCACCACAAAACAUAUACCUAUAGUUCGUUUUUUUAGCAUUAGAAAUAAGGUAAACAAUCUUGAUGUGUCUUUUAAUUGAAAAAUACAUUUUAAAAAUAAGUUACGGCAAAUAUGUAACAAUUAUGAAUCUAAUACGAUUAUUUAUAUUCUUCUGCUUUCAUAAGUAAUCGUUUUUGAUUUUUAAAAAGCGUUUUUCAAAUAAAAGACAUGUUAAGAUCGUUUACCUUCUUGCAAGUUCUUUCUAAUGCUAAAAAAAACGAACUAUAGCGCCGUCUACUUCAGCUUUCAAACUUGGGGCACUAUUUUUACUUAGAUUGGUACUAAUCUUAUACAAUCUAUGAAUUUUUGAUAGUACUCUGCCAGAAAUAGUGUUAUGGAUAAAAGUCAAAUUGCCAUCGCCUGGCACAUUAUUUAAAUGGGUCGCUUAUUCACUUACCAUACAGUACACAUCUUCUGGUUUCUUUAACGACACCGACUAACAGCCCAAUCACGCAAGCUGUCUGAUUAAUUACCAGAAUGGUCGACUUCGAAACUUCAAAGAUAAUUAAAUACUUACAUGUAUACACCAACAAUGCGUCGUAAUCACCGUACCUAGUAUAAAUGGAAGUUUAGUCAAAUACUCAAAAUGUCUUAAAUAUUUUAUCGUAAUCGUAAUUAUGAAAGAUCGCUUGCUAAUCGGGCUAAAUAGGUAUAUAAAUUUAUAUACCACGUCUUUUCGCUUUAAUCCGCUAGUUCUCCUUAUAUCUUUACGAUAUACAUAUAACAGUAUUUAGGUACGGUGGUACUUGAAGGGUAUAAUGGAAACUACGGCAAAUUUAUUACUUUUGCUUUCAUAUUGAUUAUUUACUCUUUUUAUUUAAUCGAUUUAUGCUUUUUAGAAUGAAAUUAGAAUAGUAUAAAAUGAAUUUGUAUUAGGUUAAGUCAUACCUACAUCACAGGUUGUAUGUAGUUUUAUUUUAAGGAUGAAAUCUCGAUUUUAACUAAGUUUUAAGAAGUAGGGUAAUUCGCCAGUAACUGGCCGCCCUAAACUAAAAAUGAAUUCUAUUCACCUAUAAACAGAAUUCAUUUUAGUAUUUAGUAUUAGUUACUGGCAAAUUACCCUAGAUCUAAUUAUACGCUCGUAUGUUUUUUUUUCAUUAAGAAUAUCAAACCAGUAUUCUGUAAAAUGUAUUAUUUUAUCGAAUAUAUUAUACCGUUACUUAAAACGUGGGUAUUUACCAUGAAAUCUUAGAAAACUUAAUUCAAUUCGCACUGCAGGCUUAGUGCAGUUAUAAUCUAUUUAAUUUUGUAAUAACUACUUAAAAUACAAGGUGAUAAAGCUCUGUCACCUAUUUGUGCCACACGUUAACUAUUUAAUCUAAAAUAUAGUCAUUCCAACUAUAUCUAAAAUCAUCUCACUAACACAAUGUUACCACAUGCUAAACACCUAAAUAUGCUGUAAAACUUCUGAACUAUUUCCUUCCAUAGCCACACCAUUGAAAGUGUUCAAAAUUAAAUGUCCCACCUAACAAGCAUACUUUAAUUUGUGUUCUAAAAAAAGAGAUAUCUUAAGUCUAGACGUAGUUUAAAUUCUAAUUUACAAUGGUCUAAUAAUAAGUUUCGCAUAAAAAUGCAUUUAGUAUUUCUGCUUUAAACACAAUAAGUAUUCUUCAAGUAUUGAUUGAGUUAGAAGUAACAAUUUACAAAGACAACAUCACAAGGACACGUCCGCAAUCUUUGCACGAAGAGAAUAUGGUUUGUAACCAACGGUAUUUUUGAGGCCUAAUUCAAACCUGAGGUGAAGGUUUCGACCAAUUUUACUGACGCAUUGAACAAAAAAUCGUCAACCUUGAGCACAUCGUGGUUAUCUUUGUCAUCAGUGGUCACAUCUCUAUCAAGUAUCAAAUAGUGUGCAUGGACAUAAUCCCUAAGCGACACGGUAUGUGUUGCUAGCACUGUAUCGUUGCAGCGACAUCUUUACCGACAUACAUGAAACUAAAACGCAUCUAUACCGAAAUAUUGGUAUUAUAAUACUUCUAGUGAUUGACUUAUGACAUGACUUGUACGCUCAACUUUCUUUAAUAGAAACUUACGUUUUGUUCCCCAGAACUUAUUGCGCGAUAAUUGCAUAUGUGCUAUUACUAUUUUGGUUGGCAUUGUCAAUGUGUCCGAACUUUGGUCACAACUUCUAUCAUGUUUGACCUCGGGCCUCGGCCUAACAUGAGUUUUAUAAUAAUAUAAUGUACCUACUUUUAUAUCACAUACUUAAAUAUAAGCUUACAUUUAUUAAACUAGCUGAUACUUCAUUUAGAAUCUCACAUUCCGUCCAUUUUUGUUUUGUUAUUUAGCUAUAAAUUUUAUUGUAUCAAGAUUUAUUCAAUAUACAUUAUGUAAUUUG